AAUUAAGAUAAGAUAUUAAAAGCCAAUACAAAUAUUGUGGUGAGAUUCCGAUAAUUCUAUUAUGAUAAUUUAGUAUUUAACCAGAUUUGAGUUUGUGCAACUGCAUAGAGACAUUAAAUUUUUGAACUAACAUUAAUUACACUUAUUAUUUUUAUUUUUUUCAAUUGUAUUUGAAAACUAAGAAAAAACAAUGCCAGAGAACAAUAAACUGCUACGUUUCGUAAAUUGCAGCAUCAUCAGGGACCAUAAAGUAAUCAAGGAGGAUAUUUGGGUACGUGAUGGCAAAAUUGUUGACCCAGAAAAGAUAUUCUACGAUGAGAAAAUAAUCGAAGACGAGAGAAUUGACUGUGGGAAUCGAUUGAUUGCUCCUGGAUUAAUAGAAAUUCAAAUUAAUGGAGGAUAUGGCUAUGAUUUCUCUUUCGAGGACAAAACCGAAGAAGGCUUAACAAUGGUAGCCAAAAAACUCCUGGAACACGGCGUCACGGCGUUUUGUCCCACUAUUGUAACUUCACCGGUAGAAGUUUAUCACAAGAUACUGCCUAAAUUCGGUUAUAAAGCUGGAGGCGCCCAUGGAGCCACCAUACUAGGCGCUCACGUAGAAGGACCUUUCAUUAACACAAUCAAAAAAGGCGCACACCCCGAAGAAUGCAUAAGUAACUUCCAGCAAGGCAUGCUACAGGUAGAAUCCACUUAUGGUAGUUUGGAAAACGUCCGAAUAUUGACUUUGGCGCCAGAAUUAGUGAACUCGAGCGUUGUCAUUAGGAAAUUGAAAGAAAAAAAUAUUGUUGUAUCUUUGGGGCAUUCUAUGGCUGAUUUAAAUACAAGCGAGGAAGCUAUGUUGAGUGGGGCCAGUUUAAUUACACAUUUGUUCAAUGCCAUGCUGCCAUUCCAUCACCGAGAUCCAGGUCUGGUGGGCUUACUGGCAUCAGAUAAAAUGACUGAAACAAACUCAAUUUCGUUUGGUAUUAUUGCUGAUGGUAUCCAUACACAUCCAGCUGCAUUAAGGAUUGCUUAUAGAAUCCAUCCUGACGGGUUGAUUUUAAUUACUGAUGCCAUCUCUGCUCUAGGACUGGAAACGGGCAAGCACAAAAUUGGACAACUAGACAUUGAAAUCAAAAACCAUAAGGCGUUUAUAGCCAAUACGAACACGUUGUGUGGGAGCAUCGCCUCCUUGAUAGAGUGUGUCAGGAAUUUAAUUUUGGCCACUGGCUGUCCUGUGGAGUACGCUUUGGAAUCGGCUAGUUUGCAUCCGGCUAAGGUCUUAGGCAUUCACGAUAAAAAAGGCACUCUGAACUAUGGAGCCGACGCUGACUUUAUUAUUUUGACUGACCGUUUUAAUAUUUACAGCACAUGGAUCAAUGGAGAAUGUGUUUAUGAAUCCAAUCCAACCAAUCGGAAAUAAUUUAUAAUGUAGGAAACACACACUGUCACUCUCUCUAAGCAUUUAGAAGGUGGACAUUUAUGAACAAAGACUGUUGGAUUUUAUAUGGCCGUCUUAGUAGGCUGUUUAUUGGGGAAGGGGCAAUUAUUUGUAUUUUUUAUUAAAUAAAUUUGGCUUUCUGGAAAACAUAAGUAUUUUAUUUAUCAAAGACACUUAUGUUUAUAUUAGACCGAUUAUGU